AGCUUCUGUUCCGCCCUAGAUCCGCUGCCUCGGCGCCCGCCCGCAUGGAGGAGGGGGCGCGACAGGUCGUCUAGCGCGUGCCCCGGAGCCCGCGCCCGGGUCUGGCCGCCUGGGUUACAGAUAAUGGAAACUAUCCUAACUAUUUCGAGCAGGAAGGGGUUGAAUAUGAGAAUUAGAUGCUCACAAGAAGGUUGGAAUGAAGGUUGCAGCUGAAAGUAGAGGAGGGGACCUGGCCUGAGCCUCAUGCGUUGGCUCCCAGGCAGCAAGCUUAAUGGGCCCCCAGGGUUGCUGCUGUCAUUGCUGCAGCCUGGGGGCUGGGAAUCAGAACCACCACUAGAACUGCUAACAUCAAGGGUGCACCUUUUGGGCUGUGUUCCAUUGAUCAGAGAGGCAGCUGCAAAAUGCCUCUCCACACUAGGAAGCUGGUGACUGAACAUUGCUACCAACAACAAAAACAAGAAAGCAAAUGUUUUCCUUAGAUGCUCUCCACUUUCCUUCUUAUGCUGCUCAUCUCCCUGGAGGAACACUGUGCCCAGAACCCUAGCUGCAAGGGACUCUGGGAAAUGCAGCUUAUAGGUUUCUAGCCUCAAAGGUAGAGGGAUGCACACUUGAAGGAGAUAGGAGUGAAUGUUCUGUGACAAUCCAUCAUGCCUAACACAUAUCUAAAAUAUAUUUCAUCCGAGAUUUGGCUAGAAUAUUUAUUUUUAAAGUUGGUAGAGGUUGACUUUGGAAAGGUAAGAGGAUAUGUUGUAAAAAUUUUUUAAAGGAGCUAGUUGCUAACCAGUUACCUUUUCAAACAGAUGGAUGUUAUCGUUUUGCAGCUGAAAUUGCUGGAAAAAGCAUCAAGCAAAUGAAUAACUAAAAAUUACCAAGUGCCUGCCUCUGCAUAUGGUACUAAUUGAAUGGAAAUAAUGUUCCUUAGGUUUGAUUUCAUAAUCAAGGUAAAAUAUUAGGAAAAUGAUUUUUUAAAAAUUAUUUUUCCUUCUCAAAGCCACAGAUAGUCUACCCAUUUAAUGAACCACAAUACAAAGGAAGAAAGUAAUGUGCUAAGAGAGAAAUAAUAGCACCUGGCUUGUUAGUUCUUUCAUUAGAUGAAUUAUCUGUGUUUUUCCCGAAUCUUUGUCUCCCCUGUAACUUUCAGCAUGCUCAUUUUAAGGAUUACAGAAAUAGACAUGACUUGUUUAUUGGAGAAUAGCAUAAGAGUGUGCUUGAAUUCAUUUUAAUUACUUAUUUCAUACCCUGGUGCUUGUCAGAUUCCUUUUUUUCCAAACUAUUGAAGUAGAUAUAAUUGGAUCUCUUCUAUUUUUAAGCAAUAAAUUACCAGUUUAUUUGCACUCACAAAUUACAUUAGUACAUCAAGGGAUGGUCUUGAUUAUUGAACAAAAUUUUGUUAUAUUUACCUCUGAUAUUUGGAGUUGGAAAAUGAGAGAAAAUAUUCUUCCAGGGAGUGGAUAACAAUAAGGUUAUGAUAGUAUGGUACUUUUAUUAUAAGUGCAGAACAGUAGCUUACUCGAAGAGAAAGUGGUGUAUGCUCUCAUGGUGAGGUGGAAGAUGGAAGUAAUUGAAACAUGAACAUGUUUCUGAUUUCAAAGAAUAUUUGUUGAUAUUUUUAACAGCAACAAAAAGGUAGCCAAGAGAGGCAAGAAGUAGCAACUGUCUGGGCCCGUGUCUUUGUCUUCUCUGUUCCCUUUAACACAGAGCUGGUGAAGUAGGUGAGCUUGAUAAAUGUUAGAGAGUUUUAGUGUUUAGAGAAAUAAUGUGUUUAUAAGAAAUGAGGACUGGUCUUGGUGCUCUAAUCAGUGUUCAGAAAGUAAUCAGAAGCCUUUAAAAUUUUAUCAGAGCCUGUAACAUUCCAUGGGACAUCAAAUUUAUGAUUAGAGUAAUUAAAAAAAAUACAGGUACAUUCUCAAUGUUAAGACAUUUGCAUACAAAGAUGGUAAUUCAAUGACUUAAUACAAUUAUGAAAUAGAUCUAGGGUGAUCAGAUGACUUAUUGUUCAAGCCAGGACACUUUUGAGAGUGAAGAGGGAAUGAUUAGUGAUUGCCCUGAAUACAGAAGCAUAAAUGGAGACUGCCUCAGCAAACCUAGGGGUGACCAGGACUUAAUGGUCACUCAAGAUUAAGAUGCUAGUAUUAUAGCUUGAUUGCAUUAACUGCAACAUUGAUUUUUAAAAAUUGUGAUAAAAUAUGCAUAGAAUUUUGUAUUUUGCAUAGAAUGAAGUGUACUAUUUUAACUGUUUUUUGAGUGUACAGUUCAGUGACAUUUAUUUUCACAUUGUUGUGCAACUAUCGCUGCCAUCCAUCUCCAGAACGUUUUUAUCUUCUCAAAGUGGAACUCCAUACCCAUUAAACCAUAACUCCCCAUCCCUACUCCUCACAGUACCUUUUUGUUGCUGUUAAAAAUAUCAAUAAGGGAUUCCACUUAUAUAGUAUAUUAGUCCGUUUUCACCCUGCUGAUAAAGACAUACCCGAGACUGGGUGAUUUAUAAAGAAAAAGGUUUUUUGUCCUUUUGUGAUUAAUUUAUUCCAUGUAGUAUAAUAUUUUCAAGGUUCAUCCAUGUUAUAGUGUAUAUCAGAAUCUCCUUUCUUUUUAAGGCUGAAUAAUAUCCCAUUGUUUACGCCACAUUAUGCUUAUCCAUUCAGCUGCAGUUUGGAUACAUGGCUUGCCUCCACCUUUUGCCUGUUGUGCAUAAUGCUGCCGUGAACGUGAGUGUACAGAUAUCUCUUAGAGUCCCUGCUUUCAGUUCUUUUAGGUAUGUACCCAAGUAUUGGUUUUUAAAUGAAGAAAUUAAAAAUGGAAGGAAAAGAAAAGCAUUCUUUUCUUCUGUAAGAUAUUUCUGAUCCUGUUUCUCCAGCAUAGUACUGCAUCAGAUUGGUGCCCAGCUAUGCCUCUGUAGGGUUCAUCAGAAGAAGCAGGUAAUCAAACUACCUGCUGAAAAAAGCACCCGAGAUCUUAAAUUUCAUCUCCAUACAAGAAAGGAAGCUAGUUUUUCUGUCACAACUACCAUGAUGCAUUUACCACAGAGGUAUGUCUCUAAAUGAACAAGGCUAGCAUCUAGAACGUCAGAAUCUGAACAAAGUGAAUGAUGGCCUUCAGUAGCACAAAGAACCAGCAUGAGAUUGAACAAAAGAAUUCUCCAUGUGACAUAUACACCAUGGAACACUAUGCAGCCGUAAAAAAGGAUGAGUUCCUGUGCUUUGUGGGGACAUGGAUGAAGCUGGAAACCAUCAUUCUCAGCAAACUUUCACAAGGUCAGAAAACCAAACACCACAUGUUCUCAUUCGUAGGUGGGAAUUGAACAAUGAGAACACUUGGACACAGGAAGGAGAACAUCACACACUGGGGCUUGUCAGGGGUCGGGGGCUGGGGGAGGGAUAGCAUUAGGAGAAAUAUCUAAUGUAAAUGACAAGUUGAUGGGUGCAGCAAACCAACAUGGCACAUGUAUACCUAUGUAACAAACCUGCAUGUUGUGCACAUGUACCCUAGAACUUAAAGUAUAAUAAUAAUAAUAAAAAGAAUUCUUCAUUUGACCAAGAACAUCUUUGUAACACAGGGGACCAUGAACUUCCUGGGUGAAAGGGAACAGGUCUAACAACUACAGGUUGAGCAUCCCUAACCUGAAAAUCCAAAAUUUGAAAUGCUCCAGUAUCCAAAAAUUUUUGAGCACUAAUAUGAUAUGCCACAAGUGGAAAAAUCCCACACCUGACUUCACUUGACAGAUUGCGGUCAAAACGCAGUCCAAACUUUGUUUCAUGCAUACAAUUAUUUCAAAAGAUUGUAUAAAAUUACCUUCAGCUAUGUGUAUAUAAAUCAUAAAUGUAUGUUGUGUUUAUGUCCAUGCAAAUAUGCCAUAAUUGGAAACACUUCUGGUCCCAAGCAUUUGUAUUUUCCUCUCCUCUCCUUUCCUUUUUCCUUUCUUUUUUUUUUUUUUGACAGAGUCUUGCUCUGUUGCCCAGGCUGGAGUGCACUGGCACCAUCAUGGCUCAUUGGAACCUCAACCUCCUGGGCUCAAAUGACCCUCCUGCCUCAGCCGCCCAAGUAGCUGGGACUACAGGUUCACGCCACUACACCUAACUAAUUUUGUUUAGUUUUUGAGUAUACUAGGUCUCACAAAAAGUCUGCUUUGCCCAGGCUGGUCUUGAACUCCUAGGCUCAAGCGAUCCUUCCACCUCAGCUUCCCCAAGUGCUGGGAUUACAAACGUGAGCCACCAUGCCUGGCCUGGUCCCAAAGGUUUCGGAAAAGGAAUACUUAAUCUGCUUCUCUUGAUUUGGAAGCUGAGAUGAAAGGAGACAGGCUACAGCAGAAUAGGGAGCUUCCAGGUACCCAGAAAAGUAUUCUUCCUUUGGCUGUGGAAGUAGACACCUGAAUGCCAGUGUCAAGAACAUACGUGCAGCUGAUCUCAAUUCAGACAAUCCCUUUAUGGAAGUGGAGACAUCAAAUUGCAACUCUUCAUUGGAAGUUUUAAGUAACACAAUUUCCACUGGAGCUUUGCAGUCCUGGAAAGUAAUGUCCAUGCGUCUGGGACAAAUAAGGAGUUGCUGCAUUUACUAUAUGGGAAUUGCUCCCCCUGUUUAAUUCUCUGAGCCAGUUUUGGCACUCUAAGGAGUCAACAGAGGAAAUCUCAUUUUUAGUGGCAGCCUUAAGGGAAAUAGUUACAUUUCAGUCACUAGUAGUAACCAAGCUUAAGAAAAUACAUCUGCAGAAGCUACCUGACAAUCAGAAAUGGUAGCUGAGAACCAAACAGGUAUUAAGGAGCCUUCAGAAAAAUGGAGCCCACGGAGUAUCUUACGGCAGCCCAGAAUCGACAGUGUUCCCAGGCCUGCUCUCCUUGGACUGUACCUGUAUCGGUGAAGACUGAAAAAUGAACAGGCAACUCCACACAGAAACCUGCACACAAAUGUCUGUAGCCGCUUUGUUCCUAAUUGCCAAAAACUGGAAGCAACCAAGAUGUCCUUCAAUAGGUGAAUGGAUAAAGAAAUUGUAGUAUAUCCUUACAAUGGAAUAUUAUUUAGUGAUUAAAAAGAAAUGAUUUUUCAAGUCACAAAAAGACACGGUGGAACCCUAAAUGCAUAUUACUAAGUAAAAGAAGCCAGUGUGAAGAAGCCUAAAUGCUAUGUGAUUCCAGCUAAUUGACAUAUGGAAAGGCAAAACUCUAGAGACUGUAAAAAGAUCAGUGGUUGCCAUGGGUUGAGUGUGGGGGUAAGAGAAGAAUAGGUUAAACACCAGGGAUUUGUAGGGCAAUAAAACUAGGCCGGGCCCGGUGGCUCACACCUAUAAUCCCCGCACUUUGGGAGGCCAAAGUGGGUGGAUCACGAGGUCAAGAGAUCUAGACCAUCCUGGCCAACGUAGUGAAACCUUGUCUCUACUAAAAAUACAAAAAUUAGCUGGGCGUGGUGGUGCGUGCUUGUAGUCCCAGCUACUCCGGUGGCUGAGGCAGGAGAAUCGCUUGAACCCGGGAAGUGGAGGUUGCAGUGAGCCGAGAUUGCGCCACUGCACUCCAGCCUGGUGACAGAGUGAGACUCCAUCUCAAAACAAACAAACAAACAAAAAACUACUCUGUGUGAUAUGGUAGUGGUGGAUAUGUGACAUUGUGCAUUUGGCAAAACACAAAGAACUGUCUAAUACAAAGAAUUAAUCCUAAUACAGCCUAUGAAUGUUAGUUAAUAAUAAAUAUCAAUAGUGGUUCAUCAGUUGUAACCCAAGUACCACACCAAUGCAAUAUUUUAAUUUAAAAACAUCAUAUUUUUUUUAAAGUUAAGAAAUCCCUCACUUGAUGCUAGCAUAGGAGUUGUAGAAAACAUUACCUUCGGCCGGGCACGGUGGCUCAUGCCUGUAAUCCCAGCACUUUGGGAGGCCGAGGUGGGCGGAUCAUGAGGUCAGGAGAUGGAGACCAUCUUGGCUAACACAGUGAAACCCCGUCUCUACUAAAAAUACACAAAAUUAGCUGGGCGUGGUGGUGGGCGCCUGUAGUCCCAGCUACUUGGGAGGCUGAGGCAGGAGAAUGGCAUGAACCCGGGAGGCGGAGCUUGCAGUGAGCCGAGAUCACGCCACUGCACUCCAGCCUGGGUGACAGAGCGAGACUCCAUCUCAAAAAAAAAAAAAAAAAAAAAGAAGAAAACGUUACCUUCAGGGAUCCAAGUGAUGGCAGGUCAAAUGGUAGGCUACAUAGCUCCAAGUCAAGAGAAUUAACAAAACAGAGCAGCUCUGUUGCCUUAAUCCCAGAGGAAACAUCUAAUCAGCUACACUGCACCUUCAGUGCAGACAUUUCACCCAGGCUUUUAGCAGGCGAGGAGAAUAUAUUCAAUCAGACUUCUCAGCAGACCACUUCCUUGCCAUCCAGUUUCAUAUUGGUUAAAGACUUGGGUCAGAGACCACAGAAUCCAUUAACAGACACACCUGAAACCAGAGAGAAUGCCAGCCCUGAAGCUGCAAUGCCAACCAUCCACAAGUUUCUCCAACCUUCUACCAUUAGUGUUUUGUCCUACAUACAUGGACUGGAUUCUCCAUGCUAGCUUUCCUCUGCAGGAAGCUCCUGGGGCUAUGCAUUGAGUUGGCAGAAAUGCAGUCCUUGAUAUUCUUGCUUUGCUAGGACACCAUCAUAACUAUGGAAAAAUGGGCUUCAUCAUAUGCCAUUCCCUUCAAAAAGCUGUGUAGACACACCCAUACAUAUACAUUAUGUGUAGAAACCUACAUGCAGAAUGUUGAGUUAGAUAAUUUUAACGAUUUUUGUCAGCCAAAAUAAUUUAUGAUCUCUUGUCUGAUAGUUUAUCUACUUGUUAAAAUGUGAGCCUUUUAAAAUGUGUUGGCAGUAUGUGCAUACAGAAGAUUUUUGUUCUCCUUAAGAUGAUGUGUUCUGGCAUAAAAUUUUUUUUUGUUUGUUUUUUGUUUUUUGUUUUUGAUAGGGUUCCCCUCUAUCACCCAGGCUGGAGUGCAGUGGUGUGAUCUUGGCUCAUUGCAACCUCUGCCUCCUGGGUUCAAGCGAUCCUCGUACCUCAGCCCCCCAAGUAGCUGGGACUACAGGUGUGUGCCACUACACCCAGCUAAUUUUUAUAUUUUUUGUAGAGACGGGGUCUCGCUAUGUUGUCCAGGCUGGUCUGGGACUCCUGAGCUCAAGUGAUCUGCCCACCUCGCCCUCCCAAAGUACUGAGAUUAUAGGCAUGAGCCACUGCGCCUGGCCAGAUUGAUGGUUUUAUGUGUAGCAUACCACUUUAGAAUGAAAGUGAAUCUUUGAAAAGCAGAACGUACUAGAAAUCCUACCACUGGCGCAGCUAACAGCUGACUGACUUCACGCUGUGGCUGUGUUUGUGCUAUAGACGAGGUAGGGCUUGUCAACUCAAUUGUCAAGUUAAAAACUUGUAGCCACAUGAUUUGGGGGUUUGAAUUCUUCCCAGUCCGCUGAGUAUUAUGAUUUAUCCAUUAAAGCAGGAAAUUCAAGAAUAAUUGAAUAACUAAAAAAUGGAGGAAAAAUUAUGUUAUAUUUUUACAUGGAGCUUUUUAUUACAGGUAAAUAGUAAUCACUAAACCAUGUAUACUGGCAGCUGGGCGUGGUGGCUCACUCCUGUAAUCCCAGCACUUUGGGAGGCCAAGGUGGGCGGUUCAUGAGGUCAGGAGUUUGAGACCAGCUGGCCAAUAUAGUGAAACACCGUCUCUACUUUAAAAAUUCAAAAAUUAGCCUGGUGUGGUGGCAUGCGUCUGUAAUCCCCGCUACUCGGGAGGCUGAGGCAGGAGAAUCGCUUGAACCUGGGAGGUAGAGGUUGCAGUGAGCCAAGAUUGCGCCACUGCACUCCAGCCUGGGAGACAGAGUGAGACUUUGUCACAAAGACAAAACAAAACAGAAAAACACAUGUAUACUGACAGGACACAGUGGCUCAUGCCCGUAAUCCUAGUGUUUUGGGAGGCAGAGCCAGGCAGAUCGCUUGAGCCCAGGAAUUCAAGGCCAGCCUGGGCAACAUGGUGAAACCCCGUCUGUACAAAAACAAAAAUUAGCCUGGCGGUGGUGGAGUGUGCCUGUAGUUCUAGCUACUCGGGAGGCUGAGCAGAGAGGAUUGCUUGAGCCUUGGAGGUCAAUGCUGUGAUGAGCCAUGAUUGCACCACUGCACUCCAGCCUGCGCAGCAGAAGAAGACUCUGUCUCAAACAAACAAAAAUGUAUACAAGUUUUUUAAAACCUUGUGCAAUGGCUACUUUCAUUUAAGCUGUGCCUGAGUAGCUCCUGUUUUCUGUUUAUUUAAACUAGACUGCAGCGUGGCAUGAUAGAUCUGUGGACAUGUGGAAUCAGUCCAUAUGGGUUCUAGUCCUUGCUCCUCAAGAAACUAGUGAUACUGUUUCCAUACUGGUUGAUUCCCAAAUAUUUAUAAAUGACACCAAUCGCAUCAGCUUUGGUUUUGUAAUCCAUUCACUUGUUUUUGACUCUGGUCUUCUCGUACAUGAACUGUGUAACUUCUCAUUUUCUAACAAUUUAGGAUGCCCUAAAACAGAGAUUUUAUGAUCAAGGUAGAAUAUUGGCUUUUCUAAGGAAACUCAAAAAGGCUCGUGUCAUUAUUGUGACAUUAGUUUUGUUAUUUUAAAGCUAUUUUUCAAAAAUAUUGUAUUUCAUCUUUUUGAAAAACAUUAUUUUACAUUUCAAUAUCAUUGACGUGGGGUACAUCCUACAGUUGAUAAUACAUCCUCAUCUUUCUUGGCAAUAAGUAAAAUAGUUGUGUAUUUUACAGAAUAGAUGGCCUCCUAGCUUCUGUGAAAUGUUUGAUAGCCACUUACCAGAACAUUUCCAUCCUGCCGCAGGAACUUCAGGUCGAAUGCUUUGUCUUAUAUAUUUUGUAAUUUUAAAUUUAGAGCCAGAGUUCUGUAUUCCCAUUUAAUUUGUUUUUUACUUUUAAAGCAGUUUAUGAUAGAACUCCUUGAGGUUAAAAAAUAGUAUUUGUAGUUUUUAACUCUAAAUAAUAGACUGCUUUUUGUUUGUUUUUGCUUGUUCGUUUGUUUUUGAGACGGGGUCUCUCUCUGUCACUCAGGCUGGAGUGCAGUGGCACAAUCACAGCUCAUUGUAGCCUCAAACUCCCGGGCUCAAGUGAUCUUCCCUCCUUAUCCUCCUGAGUAACUUGGACUAUAAGCAUGCCACCACACCAGGCUAAUGUUUUUGUUUGUUUGUUUGUAAAGAUGGGGUGUCACUAUGAUGCCUAGGCUGGUCUCAAACUCCUGGCCUCAAAUGAUCCUCCCACUUCGGCCUCCCAAAGUGCUGGGAUUACAGGUGUGAGCCAUGUGCUUGGUUCAGAGAUAAGACUGUUUUCUUACACACAGGCUUAUCUCUGAAAAAACAAACACAGUCAUAAAAUGGAAUAUGAAAACCGAAAAAAUUAAAUUUUCCGAAACAGUCUGGUUUAUUCUGGUCACAGACUUAAUAACCCCUCCCACUAGGAGAAGUAUAAUUUGCUGCCACAGGAAAGCUUAAAAUGUCAAACACAUUCUUAUAAAAUACAGUGCAAGCUGCCUGCAAAUGAGGCCAUUCUUUCAACUGGUGUUAUUCCCUACUUCAGUGCAGUUUUCAUAAUUGUGGCACUUACUCAGAACCAAAAGCCUCUGUGUGUGAUAUAAACAUUCAAGCCAUAUGGCUGAAUUGGUUUUUGUAGGUAUUAAGCAGGUGUGGAUUCGGAGACUCUGGAGGGAACUACAAAAUCCAAGCUAUUGAGGAGCUCAGUUGGAAAGAAACAGAGCUAGCAUCACAGUGAACACAGAGCAUAGAGAUGGUGGCAGGGAGAUUUGGCUUAAAAGUAGAAGGCUGGCAAUCAGAAGGCCAACUACUCAAGGGCUUAGCCGGAAGACAUGGUGUGGCCAGCCUUCCCCCAGCAUCCGGAUCCCCAUCCAGAACCAAGGUGGCCUGUGAGCUGUCAGUACAGGAUGUCACCAAACUCAUUAAUCCAAAGCUGACCCGCCUGAUGACCCGAAAGUCUUUUUCUUCAUAUUUUUGAUAGGAUCCCAAAAGGCUUAGUUGUCUGAUUUUUUUUUUUUUUAAGCCCAAGGUAGACUACAAGCAGGAAAUUAGAAAGUGGAGGAGCUUGUGGAGACAGGCACAAUGAGAGUGAGAAGUGGCAGCCGACAGCAAGGUGGGGCAGGCUGGGGCACAGCGACUCACGCCUGUAAUCCCAGCAUGUGGGGAGACUGAGGCAGGCAGAUUGCAUGAGCUCAGUAGUUCAAGACCAGCCUGGGCAACAUGGCAAAACCCCAUCUCUACUAAAUAUACAAAAAUCAGCCAGGUGUGGUGGCGGGCACCUGUAGUUCCAGCUACUUGGGAGGCUGAGGCAGGAGAACCACUUGAACCUGGGAGGCGGAAGUAGUAGUGAGCCAAGAUAGUGCCACUGCACCCCAGCCUGGGUGACAGAGCAAGACUCUGUCUCAAAAAGAAAAAAAGAAAAAAAAAAGAAGCACUCCAUGGCCAGGCGUGGUGAUGUACGCCUAUAAUCCGAGCACUUUGGGAGACCAAGGUAGAAGGAUCACUUGAGCCCAGGAGUUCAAGACCAGCCUGGGCAACAUAGUAAGACCCCCCCAUCUCUACAGAAAGUAAAAAAAACAGUAGCCUGGCAUGGUGGCCGAUACCUGUGGUCCCAGCUACUCAGGAGCUACUGCUCUCCAGCCUCGGUGACAGAGUGAGACCUUGUCUCUGUGCUCAGGGUGGGGGCAGGGGGAAGAAAUACUCCAAACAAAUACAGCCAUGUGCCAUUUAGUGUGGAUGCAGACACUUUGUUAACCCUGGAAAGCAUUGCUACUGUAUAAUACUUUGUCAUCUUUAUUGAUAACCCCUAUGUUAUCAAUAAAGAUGUGUUAUUUACAAGGUAGACAUUGCUGUUCUGUAAUACUUUGUCAUAAUUAGCUCCUAUGUUACCAAUAAAAAAUGUGUUACUUAUAGACUAUUUAGGUAGACAUAAAAGCAUGUGUUGGAAAGAUUUCCGUGAUAAUACAGCUAUUUCUAUUGUUUAGCCAUAUGGCACAGCAUUUAUUUAAAUUGGUCUAAAUUUUUAGUUCAGUGCCCAUUUAUUUAGCCUGGGACUUCUUUGAUUAAUACAGGAGAUGGCAAGCAUGAAUACCAUCCAAUGUAUGAGAGUAAGAAGUGGAUGCUGUGGGAACUCACAGAGCACCCUCAUUUCUAGCACAUAGGGUUAGGGGAACCAUCCUGUUCAAGAUGGGACCUGAGCUUCGUAGGGUUUGUUGAGGAGCUGGGUGCGGGGAAGUCUACAGGCCUUGUUUUCCCAGAGGAGCAAAAAAAUAGGCUUUACCACAUUCUUAUUGCCUUGCUUCCAUUUUACAGUGUCCCUUUCCAUGUUUACAUUAUGAGAUUAUAAUCCAAAAGCAUUUUAGGGCUAGGUAGUACUCUAGUACUCACCUUCCUUACAGACACCGACAGUGAAUACUCCCAAGGUGUGGGAAGGAUAGGUAAUGACAUUCUAGGUAUUUUUUAACAGUACACAAAAUUCAAAUUGAGAAGCAGAAAUGUUUUACAAGUUUCAUGUCCAAACAAGACAUAUCUUUAGGAUCCUGGGUAAGUCAUCUCCUGAAUUUGUUCUCUUUCUGAAAUAUCAUCCAAAGAUAUGCAGAAUGUCCAGAAAUCUUUGAUCAGUUAAGUUAAAUACCAGUGGGUUGAACAAAGGCAUAGGUAAAAAGUCAUCAAAGGUUUUAGGAACAAAUGUAUUUCAUAGGACUAGACAGUGGCACAGCUGAGACUUGACCUUGGGACCAUAGGUCUAGAAAAAUCCUUUUCUGAGCUACUGCUCCAUCCUAUAGCUCCCCUACGAAGACUGAACCUCACCAGACCAUAACGAAAUGGCAGGGAUGGUGACAACGAUGAUUUGUUUACCCCAGAGAUUUUUCUUGGGUUAAAGUUGACAUUAAAAAGGAUGACAUUCUCCAGUUACCAUAUGACCAACUCAGACCCUCUUCAAUUAGAUUGUUUUUAGCUUUUCUCCACCAAUGAACUGAUAAUUAAAUGCAUCCUUUCUAAUUAAAGCAGCUCCUUAACAAUGGCAAAGCCUCCUGAGUUUUCAAUUUUUCUUUUUAAGUGAGUAGUCACUUCCAUAGCAGAAUUAUAAUUACUCAUCCACUUAGAAUGUCAGGAGAGUAUUAAAUACAUCUUUAUGCAUAUAGUGAUGGUCAGUAUGAAAGUGGUCAGUGGGACAAAGCUUAACAAAUGGGUUUUGAAGCAUUGUUAACAGUUUAAUUUUCCCAUGUCUUUGGACAGGCUGAAGGUCCUUAUUAUAUAGCUGCUAAAAAAGACAACAGUCUUCUAAUUUGUUUACUUAUUUACUUUUUGAGACAGGCUCUUGCUCUGUUGCCCAGGCUGGAGUGCAGUGGCACGAUCUUGGCUCACUGCAACCUCCGCCUACUGGGCUCUCACCUCAGCCUCCUGAGCAGCUGGGACUACAGGCACACACCACCACACCCAGCUAAUUCUUGCAUUUUUAGUAGAGAUGGGAUUUCACCAUGUUGCCCAGGCUGGUCUCAAACUCCUGGGCUUAAGCAGUCCACCCAUCUCGAUCUCUUUAAGUGCUGGGAUUACAGAUAUGAGCCACCACCUGGCCAAAAGUGCUAUUUUAAAUGAAAUACUGUUCAAGUAACAGAAGACAUACAUUUCAAGGGACUAUAAAGUUCUACAGGAGUAAAUGACUUUCUGGGCAUGUGGCCUGUGUGAUGGGGAUGAGGUCAAGAAGAGUGAGGAAGCGGGUGGAUCUUCCUGGUUUCCGUCCCUUUAAUCUAGAAAGCCUCAGGCUUGUUGUUUCGUUGGAAUUGCUGCAAAAGGAGACUUCUCCUUUCAUAAACAGACAUUAUCCAGUGACAGACAUUUUAGCAAUUUCUGGUAUAUUUGUUGUGAAGAGCUACAUAGUUUUAAAUAAAUUACCAAAAUCCCUUAAUGCUUUCUAAUUGGAGGUCUGCAUUUUAGUGGAAUGCAAUCAGGUUAACUGGAAUCUUAAGAGAGUGACAUUUGGAGGCAUGAGCUGUCAGCCGACAGCCACGUGGACUCCAGGUUCAGCUCCCCACUCUGGGAGGAAUCAGUCCUCAGGGUGGGAGGGACAGCCUGAGCAGCUGGCAGUCCAGAAGGCCCCUCCCUGAGUCGCGAGAGUGCACCCCUACCUCUCACAGGAGGUGUGGUCCUGUUUGACAAGGUCAGUUACUAGAAGAGGUGAAGUAUGGUGGGUAGAGAGCCAUGCUGUUCAUUAUCUACACAGGCCUGGCCUGACUCACCCCAUGGAGAAGCAACACAUUUGCAGGCCUUCAGCAGUGGUCACAUAAGCCUGCUCUUACACAUAUUUAUAUAAAACCGAAAAGUGGGCUGGGUGCGGUGGCUCAUGCCUGUAAUCCCAGCACUUUGGGAGGGCAAGGCGGGUGGAUCACCUGAGGUCAGGAGUUCGAGGCUAGCCUGAUCAACAUGGUGAAACCCCAUCUCUACUAAUAAUACAAAAUAUUGGCCGGGCGUGGUAGCAUGCACCUGUAAUUCUAGCUAUUCGGGAGGCUGAGGCAGGAGAAUCACUUGGAAGGUGGAGAUUGCAGUGAGCUGAGAUUGCGCCACUGCACUCCAGCCUAGGCAAGAGAGUGAAACUGUGUCUAAAAACAAACAAACAAACAAACAAAAAUACUGAAAGGCCCACCGUCUCUUGAUUACACAGGUUUCCAUCCAUCCUAGUCUCUGGGGCAGUGCUAGCUACCUUUGUGCUCACAGAGGCCUGUAAAUCUACCUUCCUAUGUUUUUGUAUUGUGUAUAUAUAUGUAAGUAUACAUAUGGACCCAGUCACUCCUUUGCAUCCAAAGGGGAUUGGUUCCAGGACCCACUCUACCCCCACACCCCUGUACUAAAAUUCGUGGAUGCCCAACUCUGUGAUAUAAAAGGGCAUAGUAUUUGCAUAUAACCUGUGUAUAUUCUCCCAUUAUUUUAAAUCAUCUCUAAAUUACUUGCAAUAACCUAAUACAAUGUAAGUGCUAAGUAGUUGUAAUAAUGUAUCUCUUAUUUGUAUUAUUUUUUAUUUUUUCCUAAUAUUUUUUCUUUUUUAAAAAUUCUCUUUUUAUUGUUUCUUUCUUCUUUUUUUAGAGACUGAGUCUCUCUCUAUACCGCAGGCUGGAGUGUAGAGUGCACUGGUACAAUCAUGGCUCAUUGCAGCCUCAAGUGCCUGGGCUCCAGGAAUCCUCCCACCUAAGCCUCCCAAGUAGCUAGGACUACAGGCCUGCACCACCACACCCAGCUAAUGUUUUAAUUUUUUUUUUUUUUGUAGACCAUGUGUAGGCCACAUGGUCUUGCUAUGUGGCCCAGGCUGGUCUCAAACUGACCUCAAGCCCUCCUCCCACCUCAGCUUCCCAAAAUGCUGGAAUUACAGGCAUGAUUCUGAUUUUAAAUAUGUUUGAUACACAGUUGCUCAGAUUGGCCCAUGUGGAACUCAGAAACAGAAGGCCAACCAUGCGUAACGAGGCAGAACUUUUGGAGAUCCUUGGUGACCUCAUUAUUGCUGAAUAACCUUUAGCCCCUCUCCUGGUGAUAACACCAAUACCACUUGGUUUUCUUCCAGAUAUGAUUGGGUGCCUGCUUUGGGCCAGGCCAUGUUUAGAAUGCAGAACAUAGCAUCGGUGAACCAAAAAAAACCCUGAUUUCAUGGAAUUUAUAAAUUCACUGGGAGAGACAAGCCAUAAAUAUCUCUAGCCAAAUACUGAAAAGGAACUCUUUAUUGUUUUCAUGUUUUGCACAAUAGCGCAAAAAUACAGCAGUGUUAGGUAGAGUCUGGGAGGGAAAACCCCAUCAGUUAUGUUAACAGAAAAUUUAAUAUAAGGAAUUGAUUAGACAGAUAUUAGAGGACGAGCAAUGCAAAGAGGGAACAAAUGAGGCAAGAUGGCAAGAACAACAGCAGGAAGCAGCUGCCCCUGUGCUGAGGGGACAAAGAGAAGAGAAUGAGCUUCUCAGAACCUAGAAGCUUGGACGAGGUGUCCCCAGAGCUGGGACCCAGACUCCCAUGGAGGCGGGCUGGCCGGCUGGUGCGGAGACUUUGAGAGCUCAGAGGAGAGUCCCUGAGGAGUUGGGAGGCAGAUCUCUUGGGAGGAGACUUGCUUGUGGGUGAGGUGUCUUUUAGGGGUGUGCAAAAGAGCUAGUCCUGGGAAAGUGAAAGAAACUGGAAACUAACCGACUCCUAUUGGAAACAAAUGCCGCUGCCAGGGUGAAGGGCUGUUGCUGGCCAACUCUGGCAGGAACAGGAAGCAAACAGAGAGGAGCCGGUCCCCUCUCCCACCCUGUCCUUCCAGGCUCCCUAUGGUGUCCCCUGUCAGCAGAGACACUUAGUAAACUAGCAGUGCUGUUUACAGAGUCCCGCCCUCUCCACACAAAGCGGUGUGUAGGAGGGAGUGUUUGGAGGGGAGAGACAAUGGCUUGAUAACAGGCAUGGUCCCAAAUACGCUAGGUGACAAUGACUCUCAUGUUCUGAAUGAAGCUAGUUGCUAGACUACCUCAGCAGGACUUGCAGAAGAAAUGACUGAAAUGUUUUUUAUUGUGGUAAAGUAUGCAUAAUAUAAAAACGACCAUUUAACCAUUUUUAAUUGUAUAACUCAGGGGCGUUAAAUACAUUAACAGUCUUGUGCAACCAUCACUAUUAUCCAUCGUCAGAACUUUUUCAUCUUCCUAAAGUGAACCUCCAGGCCAUUUAAACACUAAGCCCCUUUUACCCUGACUCCCCAGGCCCUGGCAGCCACCAUUCUGCUUUCUGUCUCUAUGUAGCUGACUGUUCCAGGAACCUCACGAGUGGAAUCAUGCAGUGUUUGUCCUUUCAUGUCUGGCUUAUUUCACUGAGCAUAAUGUCUUCCAGUUUUAUCCGUGUUUGUGGCAUGUGUCAGAAUCGCAUUGCUUUUUAAGGCUGAAUAAUAUGAAAUUCGGUUUUGUGACCCUUAGUCCAACACCCAGUUGGACACUGGGGAGAAGAUGUAUUUAGGAAGAUUUUUUUUCGCAUGCUCUGGGUGCCCCUUCCCUUGCCAACACAUGCGCAGCAUCGUGGGAGAAGAGAAGAAGGUAUUUCUCCCCAUCCUCAAGUCAAGUGACAGGGGCUUCAGGAGGACCACACAGAAAGCUGGAUAUGUGCCACUGCAGAUGAGAUCUCAGACACAGUGGUCUGGACCAAGCUAUGCCUGAAAAAAAUCUAAAGGCUGGUAGAAGCAACCUAUGGCAGCAGAGAGUGGGUAUUGCUUGGGAAGUAACUGCUACUUUCACUGAAGAGAGAACAAAGGCACUUGUUUUCCUUGGACUAGAUGUGGGCCACGAAAGACAGAUGGCAUUGGCUAGGAUCUCCUCUGGAGAGGUGAAGAGAUGGCGGGUGAAACAUGUUGGAGGUGUAGGGGUGGAUGACAUGGAACUGUCAUAGGCAGCCAGCCGGACGGUGGAUUAUCCGUUUCAGAAAACUGCCGGUGAAAGGACUUCAGCCAUGAGCAUCUGCACAGAGCCAGUGAAAGAUUCCAUGAGAUCCACAAAACACUUCAUGAAUGAGAACAGCCUUUAGUUCCCACCGUGCCCAGAGAUCACUGAACUCAGUUCACGCCAGUGCCAGUCGAAAACAUUUUGGCCAGAUGCGGUGGCUCAUACCUGUAAUCCUAGUACUUUGGGAGGCUGAGAUGGGAGGAUCCCUUAAGGCCAGGAGUUUCAGACCAGCCUGAGCAUUAUAGUGAGAUGUCAUCUCCAAAAAUAUAUUUGAAAAAUUUUUUAAAAAAGCUAGGCAUAGUGGCAAGCACUUGUAGUCCCAGCUACUCAAAAGGCUGAGGCGGGAGGAUGGCUUGAGCCCAGGAAUUCAAGGCUUCAGUGAGUCAAGAUCGCACCGAUGCACUCCAGCCUGGGUGACAAGCAAGACCCUGUCCCUUAAAAAAAAGAAAAGAAAAGGACUUUUCUGGCUCCCUAACCUCUCCUUGCCGGCUCCCUUCACCACCACCGUGACCCUGUCCCAUUAACUACUGAGUUGGGAGUGAAGGAUGCAACAAGAGAAGAAACCACCUUUCCCACCGCAAGCUUCUUGAUAGCAGCAGGUCCAAGCUGGAGAUGAGAAGUUUCAAAUGGUGAUGAAACGUGGAGCCUGGAUUUUACACUGGACGGGGAAUCAAUUUCAGAAGUGAGAAUGUUUUGUGAUCUGGAGAGCAUUUACUUAUUAUUGAAAUUUAUGAAAAAUCUGUGGGCCUGCCUGAAUUUCAUUCAAGGGCAAUGGAAGAAUGAGCCCCAGCAGAAUAAGUUUCCAGGGAUAUGAAGUCACCUACAAGUCCUGCUCGUUCCAGACAACAGGUUGGCCAAUAGAUGUUUCGAGUGGCGAUGAAGGCUGGAAGCAAAACAUGGCAGUCUGGAGUACUGCCUGCGUUGCAGUGAAAGUAAUGUUGUGAGGUUGAUGAAAAGUAAACGACUGCAUUAUUUGUAAAAUAAAAGCAUUUCACUUCUCUUGCAUGAAAAGGGACAGGAGGCGGGACAGCAGCAGGCAGGGUUUUGUUUUGUUUUGUUUUUUUUAAAGUAGCUCACUUGGUUACACAGCUUGCUAGGUGCAGCUCUUCACUCCUGAGGUUGACAGGUGUUUUAUGAUCCCCUAAAAGAUCAUAAAGCUAAAGUUUUCAGAUCAAAGGAAAACCAACAAAUAGAGGCAGCAUUAUUUGUGAAAGAACUUUGCCAUAAAGGGAAGCAGGGAAGUUAGGGUUGAGACUGGAUCAUGGUCUGUGGUCAUACCUAAGCAGUUUUUUUUUUUUUUUUUAGUUGAGAUAUUGAAGUGUAUUUUUACACUAAUGGGGAAAAUCGAUGAUUGAGAAGAGAGAGAAGAAAAUUACAGGAGAGAAGCUGUUAAUUGUCCAGAACAUAGGAUUCCAUGUACGGCUAGGAGGGUUUGCAUUAUAGAAGUACAGAUAGUUCAUCCUCAUCUCUCUUCCUGGAAGAAAGAGUAUAUGAGAAGAGAUACAAAUAGAUUAGUAGAUUUGCUGGUAUAAGCCCAUGGGAAUCAAAGUGGUCCACUCCCCUGAACGAUGUACUUGAUAUAGAUAACAAAUAUUUUGUUGAUCAUGUAAUUGUUGAACAUAUAUAGACUGACCCCAGAAUAAAAUUUAGAACUUAUUAAUUGCUCCUUUCUUCUAAAAGUAGCAGGAAAGAAAAAAAAAGCUUUUAAAUUGAUGCUUCUAGGGGAGGUACAGUGGCUUAUGCCUGUAAUCCCAGCACUUUGGGAGGCUGAGGCAAGCAGAUCACUUGAGGCCAGGAGUUCGAGACCAGCCUGGCCAACAUGGCGAAACCCAGUCUCUAUUAAAAACACAAAAAAUUAGCCGGGUAUGGUGGCAUGUGUCUGUAAUCCCAGCUACUUCAGAAGCUAAGGUCUGAGAAUCCUUUGAACCCGUGAGGUGGAGGUAGCAGUGAGCCGAGAUGGUGCCACUGCACUCCAGUGUGGGCGACAGAGCAAGACUGUCUCAAAAAUAAAAAUAAAAAUAAAAAUAAAUAAAUUGAUGCUUCUAGCUAUUUGGGGGCAUUCAUUCCUUCAAUUGAUGAUAAUCCACCACCACCAUACUUGCCAGAUAUGGUGACAGACAUUACGGAUAAAGAGAUGAGACACGUAUGGUCAUUGUCCAUAAAGAGUAAAAGUUGGGGGCAAUAAACAAGCAUCAACAAAUGAAUACGAUAAUAUUUUCUUAGUUCUAUGUGAGCCAUGGUUGCUGAUUACACGCAACAGAAACUGACUCGUGAUCUUUGGACUGAUCAGGAAUUUAUUGAAAUAUGAAGGACAUAGAAAGCCAGAGAACUAGACUUGGAAAAUAAAUGUGCCCCAGGGAAGCUCCACCAUGCCAAGAGGCUUAGGUACAACAGUCAGUCGGACCAGGAACCAGUGCCACUGGUGAGCUCCUGCUGCCACCCUCGGCACCUGCCCUAGUUCUCCCUUGGGAGGUCUAUAUAUAACAAAGCCACUUUCCCAGCUCCGAAGAUUUUCCACAUGCAGCUUAACUGAGCCUUUUAGAGACCAUUUCACCAUCGUAAAAGGCAAGGGAUUUUUAGGGGAUGAAUAAAUGGUAGGAUUAGUAAUAGGGCAUUGUUUCUGCUUUACUUUUUUUUUUCACUAUAAAGUGAAUUUCUUGGUCAGCAGCAACGUUGUGUGAGAUACUAUAUAUUAGUUACAUUAACAUAACAUAUGGGCCGGGUGCAGUGGCUCGUGCCUAUAAUCUCAGCACUUUGGGAGGCAGUGGCUCGUGCCUAUAAUCUCAGCACUUUGGGAGGCAGAAGUGGGCGGAUCACUUGAGGUCAGGAGUUUGAGACCAGCCUGGGUAAUAUGGUAAAACCCCGUCUCUACUAAAAAUACAAAAAAUAAAAAAUAAAAUAAAAAUAACAUAUCAGUACAGAUUUCUGUAAAAAGUGGCAUAUUCAAAAGAUGUUACUGAAGAGAGUUUAGUAAAAGGCCCGUUCACAAAGUGUCAGCAAGGUUAAGAAAACUAACCAGGGAUGGCAAAGCAUCCUGGGGUUAGCACUGACAGGAUUACCAUCCUUAGCCUGAAAGGGAAACGGAAAGACUGGAUUCCAGAACUUGGCAUAACUUUAACCCCGGGAAAGAGCUGCCCAGCAUCAGCUGUGACCUGCAGGCAAAGGACAAAGCCAUUGUUCAACCCAGACCUAUCUGGGAGGGAGUUGGGGUAAUACAUAACUUGACCUCUGCUCCUGCUGCCUCCUCCCAAAUCCUGCCUAUGCCUGCUCAUGCCCCAGAUGGAGGCCUGAGGGCAAAGAGGCUUCCUUGGAGAGCCUCCUGGAGGUGCUGCUAGCAGAUGGUGUUGCAAAUAGAAGCAUGGUGGGCAAAGAGAAAAUUCAAAUGCAGAUUAAAUGUCUACUCUAUUGAAUCCCUCUCCAGUUGCUGCCCUCUCCAGGUUAGAAGGUGACCCCAGACAAUCAGCCUGCUGUCAGACAGAUGGCUGAUUCCCUUGAAGCUUUGCAUAAUGCCAUGGGCUCAGGGUUUAUUACUAAUGCUGGUCGAUGGAGCACUCAGCAGUGCCAAUCACAAGAUCAGCCUGGAAAGGAGAGGAAUGUGUUACUGUGCACACAGAUAGCGGUCAACCUGUUCACGACCCCAGUGGAGCAAGCCCUAGAGUGUCAAGCAAGGAAGUCACCAUGACCAUCUUAUUUUCUUGAGUUAAAAAUAUUCUUGGCCGGGCGUGGGGGCUCACAUCUGUAAUCCCAGCACUUUGGGAGGCUGAGGUGGGGGGAUCACGAGGUAGAGAGAUCGAGACCAUCCCGGCCAACAUGAUGAAACCCCAUCUCUACUAAAAAUACAAAAAUUAGCUGGGCGUGGUGGCACGUGCCUAUGAUCCCAGCUACUUGGGAGGCUGAGGCAGGAGAAUCACUUGAACACGGGAGGCAGAGGUUGCAGUGAGCUGAGAUCACACAACUGCAUUCCAGCCUUGUGACAGAGCAAGACUCUGUCUCAAAAACAAACAAACAAACAAACAAACUAUAUUCUUGCAGCUGGGUGCAGUGGCUCAUCUCUGUAAUCUCAACACUUUGGGAGGCUGGGGCAGGAGGAUGUCUUGAGGCCAGGAGUUUGAGACCAGCCUGGGCAAUAUAGGAAGACCCUAUCUCUACAAAAAAAAGGAAAAAUAUACAAAAACAUUAGCCAGGUGCCGUGGCAUGUGCCUUUAGUCCCAGCUACUAGGGAGGCUGAGGUGGGAGGACUGCUUGAGCCUGGGAGGUCAAGGCUGCAGUGAGCUGCGAUUGUACCACUGCACUCGAGCCUGCAUAACAGAGCGAGACCCUGUCUCCAAAAAAAGUAGAUGGAUAGUGUGGAGUCUUAAUUAGGGAAAAGGAGUCAGGCUGACAGGACCAGGGGAAAGUGAAGAGAGAAAGCAAAUAAGCUAUAGGUCUACCUUUCUUCAUGGCCCAGGAAUAUAGGCCUCCUGAGCAAAUAAUGUGCAUAACUCACAAACUUCUUGCUCAUCAUCAAACACUUCGAUUUAUCAUCAAGAUCCUUGGCUGACAGAAGAAUGCAGGUGAGCUCCCUGCUACCUUGGCAUUAUCGAUCAGCCCAAGAACCAUUCUAUAAAAUCUCCAGCAAGCCUUUGUUUCCUGGCAGUCAGCUCCUCUUCUGCUAAUUGUGCCCACUGCAACCUGGCAACAUAUUUUCCAACUUUCUCUAAUAAAUCUGCUUUUGUUUAGCUACAACUGUCUUGGUAAAUUUGUUUACCCCUGCAUUACUGGCCCAGACAGUUGCUGCUAACCCGUGACAGAGAGAUAGACAGAUGAUAGAUAGAUAGAUAGAUAGAUAGAUAGAUAGAUAGAUAGAUAGAUAGAUAGAUUCUUGCACUAUGAGCAAUUCUGAGAAGUUCAUUUAUAUGACUCUUCUCCAGAUUGUUUCUGUGUCACUAACCAGCCAAUAUAGUAGCCACUGCAGGGCAUGAAACAGGCCUACUUGCUACACCUUAGUUAUCUUUAACCAAGAAAUACACAGCAUCUCAACCCUGGUCAGGCCACCACUGAGUCCAGGUUUUGAUUUGACAGAUGAGCAAGCUCCUAGAACCGCAUUCAGUCGCCCAGGUUGGCACGUGGAGUCCAGACUCCCUGGUAAGCUCACCCAUGUUAAUAAACUCAAUAUAGUCUAUAAUUACAUUUCUCUCUCUUUGGCAGUCACCUGCAGAAUCCGUAUGUGUGGAUACUUACCCCAGAUCUUUGCCUUCUAAAUUCAAUGGGCUGUAAAUCUUCUGGUGUGUAAACCUUCUGCGUUUGACUUUGUAAUAUUUUUUCUCUGGAACAUGCAGGAAAGUGGCCAGUUACAGACUUGGGGACAGUGAGAAGGGGAGGGAACGUGGUGGUGUGGAAUGGGCUGAGCUCUCUCCCUCUUACAGGAAACUCCCUCUGGCGGGGGAAUGGCAGGCCUAUGAGGAAGUAAGUGUUGUCCUUUUCAGGAGAGUGACCUAGUGCUGCAUCCAAAAAUUCUCAUUCCUGUUCUCAGGGCCCAGUUUUGACCCCUGCAGUCAAUGCCCUGACUUUCGCGUAAAAUAUGUGGGGAGGCUGUGAAUUCAAGUAAUUUGGCAGCCUAUAGAUUCUCACUAACCUAGAGUUUAUAUUUCAGCUGCCUUAGCACUACAGCUUCAAGAGAUAAGAGAAUCAAGCCUGUGUCGAGUUAAGAAUUAAAUGGGAGGUUGCAGUGAGCCAAUAUCAUGCCAUUGCACUCCAGCCUGGGCGACAGGAUAAGACUCCAUCUCAAAAUAAAAAAAAUAAAAAAAUAAAAGGGCCUGUGCUUCCUUCAGAGACUCACACAAGUGGUUUAUCAUGAGAAGGACCGCACUAUUUAAUUUCACUCCUACAAGUUUUCAUUUACGUUACACAUUGAGAAAGUUAUGAGAAGCAACUGUCACUCUCUGGAGGUGGAGACUGCCGUGAUUCACAAAGACAAGAGGAUGGAUCAUGAAGCCGCCCAGCUGGAGAAGCAGCAUGUGCACAAUGUGUACGAGAGCACAGCCCCUUACUUCAGCGACCUGCAGAGCAAAGCCUGGCCUCGUGUCCGCCAGUUCCUGCAAGAGCAGAAGCCAGGCAGCCUCAUCGCUGACAUAGGUUGUGGGACUGGAAAAUAUCUUAAAGUAAACAGCCAGGUACAUACCGUGGGCUGUGACUACUGUGGGCCACUGGUAGAGAUUGCCCGGAAUAGAGGAUGUGAAGCCAUGGUAUGUGACAACCUUAAUCUCCCCUUUAGGGAUGAGGGCUUCGAUGCCAUCAUCUCCAUAGGAGUCAUACAUCAUUUUUCUACAAAACAAAGAAGAAUCAGAGCAAUAAAAGAAAUGGCCAGGGUCUUAGUUCCUGGAGGCCAACUGAUGAUUUACGUUUGGGCAAUGGAACAAAAGAACCGUCGCUUUGAGAAGCAAGACGUGCUUGUUCCAUGGAACAGGGCCCUGUGUUCCCAGCUCUUCUCAGAGUCCAGCCAGUCUGGGAGGAAGAGGCAGUGUGGAUACCCAGAAAGAGGCCAUCCCUACCAUCCUCCUUGCUCUGAGUGUAGCUGUUCUGUUUGUUUUAAAGAGCAGUGUGGUUCAAAACGGUCCCACAGCGUGGACUAUGAACCUGCUAUGGCAAGAACCUGUUUUGCAAAUAUUUCUAAGGAAGGCGAGGAAGAAUAUGGAUUUUACAGCACAUUAGGAAAAUCGUUUCGUUCCUGGUUUUUCUCCAGAUCUUUGGAUGAAUCGACUCUGAGGAAGCAAAUUGAAAGAGUAAGACCCUUGAAAAACACAGAAGUUUGGGCCAAUAGCACUGUAACAGUCCAGCCUUCCAGACACUCUAGUCUAGACUUUGAUCACCAAGAGCCAUUUUCAACAAAAGAGCAAAGCUUAGAUGAGGAAGUGUUUGUGGAAUCUUCUUCUGGAAAACACUUGGAGUGGCUGAGGGCACCAGGCACUCUGAAACAUUUAAAUGGAGACCAUCAAGGGGAAAUGAGGAGAAAUGGAGGGGGAAAUUUUCUGGAUAGCACUAAUACCGGUGUGAAUUGUGUGGAUGCAGGUAACUUAGAAGAUGAUGAUCCUUCUGCUAGUAAAAUAUUGAGAAGGAUUUCUGCAGUCGAUUCCACAGAUUUCAACCCAGAUGAUACAAUGUCUGUCGAAGAUCCACAGACUGAUGUUUUGGACUCCACAGCCUUUAUGCGCUACUACCAUGUGUUUCGAGAAGGGGAGCUCUGCAGUCUGCUCAAGGAGAAUGUGUCAGAGCUCCGUAUCCUGAGUUCUGGGAAUGAUCAUGGUAACUGGUGUAUCAUUGCAGAGAAAAAGGGAAGUUGUGAUUGAUUGCAUCCUUUUAGACAACUCCUCCAAAAGAUGAACCACAUUUUUUUCUCUUGGUUUGAUAUGGUUACCUGAAUUUGCAUUCAGUGUUAUUUGUUAAUCCAUUUACGCUUUGGUCUGCAGAGACUAUUAAUUAUUUGGUUGUUUUUGUUUUCAUGUUUGAAUAAGCACAGAUUCUGGCAUUGAAAGCACUUGACAAAGGGUAUUUGUGCUUAAAUGUUAAUAUAAAAGAUCUGAAGAAGCAACAGAAAGUGCCCUUCAGUACAGCUCAGACUUUUUUUUAACCCCAGAGAGAUAAAAUACAUGUAUAGCGUUUUUCAGUAUUACACAUCGAUUUAAAAAGAUUAAGCUGUUAAAUAAUCUUUUCAAACGGUAUUUUUAUAAAGUGAGGGGAUAAUUUCUGGUUCUCAGGUUAUAACUGAGAGCAGUGUGCAAGAUAAUAGGUAAAUUUGAUCCAUUGCACAGAUAUACUUUGAACCAUGUGAUGAGUUAUCUUGUUGCCAAGGCCUUGCUUCUACUUAAAGUUUUCAGAAAACUGAGUGACAGUGGAGAGAACCAGGAAGUGUUACAAGGACUUUACUAAAUUAUAAGCAAACUUGCUUCAAAAUAAGUUGACAUGUGAUAAUGAGGUUUUCAAUGUAGCCCAGGAGGUUUUUAAAGGCACUGUUAGGCUGAGCAUGGUGGCUCACGCCUGUAAUCCCAGCACUUUGGGAGGCCGAGGCAGAAGGAUCACUUGAACCCAGGAGUUCAAGAAUAGCCCGGGCAACGUAGCAAGACCCCAUCUCUAUAAAAAUUAGCAAGAUGUGGUGGUGCAUGCCUAUCAUCCAAGCUACUCAAGAGACUGAGGCAGGAGGAUCAUGUGAGCCCAGGAAUUCAAGGCUGCAGUGAACUAUGAUUGCAUCACUGCACUGCAGCCUGGGCAACAUAGCAAGACUCUGUCUCAAAAUAAUAAUAAUAAUAAAGGCAUUGUUAGCUUGUAAGGAGUGGAGUAUGUAGGUAGUAGGAGUUAUAUGCAAGUACCCAAGUGGUAUUCUUCCAAUCUUAUUAGAAGCAUGAAUAUUCAAGAUUGAUAUUACUAUUGCUUAUUAGCAAGAUUGUUAUCAAUCAUGCUUAUUAGAAGGAUGAAUAUCCAAGACCAAGAUUGACUAAUGAUGAGUCUGCAUCAAGAACUAGGCAUUUCUUCUGAGUUGACGGACUCUUUAGGAAAGGAGAAUCUAGGUGAAGCACUGCUUUUAGCUCUGAGAAUGAACAAAUUAAGGUACAGCAUAGUUAGCCUUGGUAGAGGUAUGACUUGGAUUUGCUGUAUCCUUUAAAAUAGUAUCUGGGCAUUUAUUUUAUUGAAGGUGACUACAUUUUAUUAGUUAUAUUAGGAAUUUAGGUAGAAUCAACUUCUACUGAUUAAAGGUUGUAUUUCUGUCACUUUGUAGAGAAACGAAUAGACUGGACACUGUGUGGUCACUGUUUAGAUUUGCCCAUGGGUCUGUUUAAAUCUAUGUCAUGGAUCCUGAGACACAAAUAUAAUUAAGACAGGUCUAGAGACAGGAGAAGCAGAAAUAAGUUGACCCAGGAGUACAGUCUCAAGUAGUUCAUUAAUGAGAAAAUUGACAUCUGACAAGAGACUUUUUACUUUAUGCUGGAUGAAAAUCCAAAUCUUGUUUUAUUUUUUCCACUAAAAGUGACUAAAAUAAUAACGAAUUUCAUUUGUUCUUGGGUUCUUUUUUCCUUUAAUGAUUGAGCUAUAACUUAAAAUAAUGAUGUUACUUUUGAACAAACUUAAAGAAAUAUUUUUAAAGCGUAUCUGAAAACGAUUGAUGUUUAUAACUCUCUUUUGGCUUCAAAAUAAGAUUGUGUUAUCACCAUUUUGGUAGAUGAGGUUGUCUGGUGAAAAUGAUGCAUAUGAGUUGUACUGUUCAGUGUACAUCCUGCAGUAGUGGAUGAUUGAAAACAUAUACAAGUGGAGUAUAAAUUAAAAAUUAAUUUGGUUUCUUCUUUUUUUUUUUUUUUUUUUUUGAGACAGAGUCUCCCUCUGUCGCCCAGGCUGGAGUGCACUGGCGUGAUCUCGGCUCACUGCAAGCUCCACCUCCCGGGUUCACGCCAUUCUCCUGCCUCAGCCUCCCAAGUAGCUGGGACUACAGGCACCCACCACGACGCCCGGCUGUUUUUUUGUAUUUUUAGUAGAGACGGGGUUUCACCGUGUUAGCCAGGGUGGUCUCGAUCUCCUGACGUCAUGAUCCACCCGCCUCGGCCCCCCAAAGUGCUGGGAUUACAGGCGUGAGCCACCGCGCCCGGCCUGUUUAUUUCUUAAUUCAGGACACUAAACCAUGACUGCAAGGGGUUUUCUUGGUAAAAAGAAAAGAUUCUCAGAGUCAUAAUGUUCUUACAACUUGGGCUUGACGGCCUUUGAAUUAUGAAUGGAUUGUUCCUCUCUCUGAAGUCUAUUGUCACAUGGGUUUUUAAUCCUGGCCUUGCUGCUAGAAAUCUGUGCUUGAAGUCCUCUCUUUCUGCUGGUAGCCUACCACUUGGUGGAACUCAGUUUACCAGACUUUUUAGCCUUUGAGCUAAACUGUCUGAGCAACCUCUUAGAUGUGCACACACCACUUUGUAUGAAAGUGUUCUCUAGAACGGUUCUUUGGAGAGAAAUAUUUUCAUGUAAGUUUGACAGGGGUGUAAAUAAAGCAUGGUGACUAAUAAGUCUUUUACUCUUCAUCUAAUGAACAUAAGAAUCUAUGCAUCCAGAUAUUAUUUUGUGUACAAAUAUGUAACUUAGUGAUUGAUAAUCUCUCUUUGGGGUAGUCACGUGGAAAGCUCUUUUAAAUUUAACUUGUGCCUUUGGAUUUUUUUUUAAAAGCCAUUGAAGAGCAAAACUAAUGUAAACGUCUUGAUCAUUUAAAAAGAUUGCUUGUCCUCAAAAGGAAACACAAGUCAUCAGUGAGUGUAAACGUAGACAGUUGAUUUGUGAAUGCUGUCGGCCUCAACUUGCUUGAUGAUAGAUUCUACUGACCUAGCUGGAGUAAUUUGAUCACUUACUUCCUUAUUAAUACUAGAUCAUACAGUGUCUUUCUUAUUCCUUCUUCUUUACUUACUGGCAUCAGCACAGAGUCCCACUAUCUGAAAUAGAAGGGAGAGUUUGGGGGGUCAUUGGAGGAGUCUUAAAACCUUGGUUGGCAGCUGGGUGCGAUGACUCACACCUGUACUCCUAGCACUUCAGGAGGCUGAGGUGGGUGGAUCAACCGAGGUCAGGAGUUUGAGACCAGCCUGACCAACAUGGUGAAACCCCGUCUUUAUUAAAUACAAAAAAUUAGCCAGGUUGGUGGCGCAUGGCUCUAAUCCCAGCUACUUGGGAGGCUGAGGCAGGAGAAUCGCUUGAACCUGGGAGGCGGAGGUUGCAGUGAGCCGAGAUUGUGCCAUUGCACUCCAACCUGGGCAACAGGAGUGAAACUCCAUCUCAAACAAAACAAAACUUUGUUGGCUUCCUGAUGCCUCACUGUCUAUUUGAGGAAUUCCACGGAAUCUUCAAAGGAUUUGGGGGAAAGCACAUUAACAUGGACAAAGGAUGGAAUCAAAAUAAUGUUAUAGUGAGAACCAUUCAAGCACGUAUUUAAAUUUUUUCCAAUUGCCAGUAUAGUGAUGAUAUGACACCAGCAUAUCAAAGUAACUAACAAACUAGCUACACAAACGUCUUGGAGUUUGGUUUAGUUCUGUUUUCUCAUCACAGAUCUCCGUGCAGAAUAUUGCUAAUUCUUAUUUCUCGUUUGCCUUUCUAUUUCCUUCCAAAUUCUACAUGCCAGUAAUUCCUCUGUCUUUUAAGUGACCAUCAAUUCAAUAGGCAAAAAUUUGGAGUAAUCCAGAGAAAAAACCAUCCAAAUAUAAACCAGCUAGGAACAUGAAUGCCCCUGAAUAUUAAUAGCCAAAAAAAAAAACACUGGUGGAUUUUAAAUUAAAUUAAUACAUAUAUACGAGUUUGGAGGAGAACAGAAGUUCUAACUCAGUAGUUGAACUUGGCGGGGGAGGGCACAGGUUAAAUAUGAGCUGUGAGCCCCCAGUUUUGGAGGAAGGAGGAAAUGGGAACCAACCACCAGCCAAGCAGCUGCAGUCUAAGAAAAACAAAUUAGGGCAGGCCUCAGCAUCUCUUUCCUAUUACAUAGAAAAUCUGAAAUGAGAAUAGCUGUGAACUUUUCUAAAUAUGCAACAUUCAACUAUCGCAAGGACAAAAAACCAAACACCGCAUGUUCUCACUCAUAAGUGGGAAUUGAACAAUGAGAAUACAUGGACACAGGAAGGGGAACAUCACACACUGGGGCCUGUUGUGACUCCGCUGAGGGAGUUCCUCUUGCCCUCUACCCCCGGGGCUUGUAUAUAGAUUAUAAAUAUAUAAGGGGGAAAGGGGUGGGGGGGAGGGGUUGUGAGGCUGGGGCCUCACUUCCCCUCCUUCCCCUUCCCGUGGUCCCCUGUCCCAGGGGCUGUUUGUUAAAAAAGAGUAAUAAAGGAUUUUUUUUAAAAAAAAGCCACGUUCAUUAAUUUACAUGCAGUCCUCACCACAGCCCUCCACGGUAAGUAUACUUAUUGUUCCCAUUUUGCAGAUGAGGAAAACUGAGGCAGAAAGAAAUUAAAUUGCUUAAGGUUACACACAUAGUAGGUAUCACACAUUUAGUUAGAGGCAGAGCUGGGAUUCAAACCCAGGUCUGGCUUCUAGUCUCUGCUCUUAACCACAACACCAUAUACUCCCACCCCUGGGCCCAGCUCAUGUGCUUGGCAGAGUAUUAGAGCCUUUCAAGGUAAGUGUGAUUAUCCCCUUUCCAAAUGAGCUUUGGAAAAGUUUAAGCAAAGAUUACACAGCUAGACAAUAAUUCAAUAAUAGUCUCUUACAUAUUUUCCCUUUUAUCUUUCUUUCAUUUGUAAAUCUGUUUUGAUUUGAUUUGAAUUAAAAAAUAGUUCUUGGUUGCAAAAUAUUCUGGGACCACUUUUCUCCAACUCUUCAACCUUUCAACAAUUAUAUUACUGUUUUCCCAUUUUAUAAGUAAGGCAACUGAGGACUAUUCAGAUAUUUCAUUCACUCCAUUUGUUUACUAAGCCCUGCUGUGUGCUGGAUACACAAUCUGCUGUGUGCUGGAUACAUAUGAUUCAAGGUAAUGAUUAUCUGGCAUCUUGAAGGUACCCAGAAUAUUAGAAUUAACUGACCCAAAGGUGCCAAGCUGAAUCAUUCUUCGUAUUCCCUGUGUGCCUAUUACCAAGUUAUAUUGUUUAGUUUGAGAAAAACAACAAACAACCCUCCCUUAGAGAAUCAUGAUGCAUAUUAGCAUAUUUAAGGACUACCCUAAAGCUUGGACUUAAUCUAGCUUGCCCUAGACGUAUUAACAUCCUGUAGCGCAAGGGUUCUGUGGGAUAUAUUUCAGAAAAUAAUAUGUCUUACAGAAUAAAUGCAGACUCCUUUGGAUGGCAUUCAUGCCCUUCAUAAACUAACUCUGAAUUAUUUUUCAGUCUCAUUUCCUGCAGUUGCACCCGAUUUUUUCUGUUCUGCAAUCUGCUAUUUUAGACAAAGCUUUCGUAAGAAAUUACAUAAUGACAAGUAAUUCCCACAUUCCCUAGAUAUAUACUUGGAUUUCAAAUGCCAUAAUUGUAAUCUUUCUCCAAAGAAAAAUGCACGAUACAGGCUUCAUUCCAUCAAGAGGCAUAUGAGGUAAGCGUUAUUAUACACCCAUCCAGCAGAUGGGAAAACCACGGAAGUGGGAGGGAAUCAGAGAAGCAUUAACAGACUCUCAACCAACCGUAAUGCUUAACUCCUCUUGUUCCAAUCUUAACUCAAAAUUAUGAUUAUUUUGAUUAUUUGAUGAUUGUUUUGAUAGUAUAAACUCCAUAUCUGCAACCUCAGUUAUCUACAACACUGAAGUGCAAACAUUUAAAAAGAACUCUCACCAAACAAGGAUUGAAAUUGUAUUGCAAAUGAAAGAGCUCAGCAUGACAGCACAAUCAGAAACUGAAAAGAGUUGAUAGAAGAUUCUAGCUGAAUUGUCCUAUUUUUAACUCCCCAGGGAUCCUACGGUCUAUGACACGUUAACAGGGGUGUGAAUCAUUUCAGUUACAUCACAUACUCUGUCCUCUUGUGAUGUGGGUCUUCCCCAGUUGAUUAUACACAGAUAAUCAAUGACUUUAUUUGGGAGGGAUUGGAGCUAUGGAAUAAUCUAUCUUACCAAUCUGAUGGACCAUUUGUAAGAGCUGUUUGUCAAAUUGGAUCUUCAUUUGACAAAUAAAUACUAGAGCUGCAGAAAGUAAAGUUUACUCCAACCCAAUUAAUCAUUAAUACAUCCAAAGGAAAAAUACAUUUUCUCCACAUGGAAUAUUGAUUUUUCUAUGAAUAUUACCUCCACAUUGAAAAAUGAGUGAGUCACUGCAGUUAAGCCAGUGUACCUUGAAGUUGAAUUCCCUGAAGAAGGUACAAUUAUAUUUACAUUCCCUUAGCAAGAAUUUGGCUAAGUGAUAAGCACUUUUCUCUUUUCUUUUUUCUUUUUUUUUUUUUUUUUUUUUUUUUUUGAGACAGUGUCUCACUCUGUCGCCCAGGCUGGAGUGCAGUAGUGCAGUCUCAGCUCACUGCAACCUCUGCCUCCCAGGUUUAAGCAAUUCUCGUGCCUCAGCCUCCUGAAUAGCUGGGAUUACAGGAACAUGCCACUACUCCUGGCUAAUUUUUGUAUUUUUUUUUUUUAAGUAAAGACGAACUUUCACCAUGUUGGCCAGGCUGGUCUUGAAGUCCUGACUUCUUACGAGCUAAUCAUACCACUUCUAACUAGAUUUUCUAUUAAUGUACAAGGAGGGACUCCACUACUAAAGUUUGUUUUACUUCUCUGGUUAUUUACACAAAACGCUGGCAAUACAUUAAGGCUCACUAAUGUGGACCUAAGUGAAUUUCUGAGAGGCUUUGAAUAUGUAUGUGCAAACUGUCCUAUUUUCUUUAUAUGCUCUCUUAAAUAUGUAUGUAUGUAAAUAUAUAUAUAACACACAUAUAUAUAUAUUCCUAGACAUCUAGUGUUUGCUGUCAUUAGUGACCAAGAAAAAGUAGUUCUUUUGUGCACGCAUGAAAACAUCAAAUUAGCAAUUACCAUAGAAAUGUAUUUCAUUGAAUAAAUAGGUUUUGUUUGUUUGUUUGUUUCAGGGAAAUUUGAAACAAUUAUUAGAUGUUAUUGUGCCUCUUCUUGUGUUGAUACGUGUAUUUGGGUCAAAAGUGCAAAAACUUUUUUCUACUAUAUACAGUUAUUUUGACUUUUCCCAGGGGAAGCUAGCAAUAGUUUUAAAAGCACAAAUUGAUGUAAAAUAUUUUGAUUUUUAUAAUAAUGCGAAGUAGUUUUAUUUGCAUUAAUCAGUAAUGUUCAGGAUCUUUUUGAAGUAAGUAUAUUUUAAAUGGUGUAAUUUGUGUGUUUAUGAUAUGUAUUCAAUUAUUUAAGUAUCAGUGUAUUUUUAAAAAAUGUUUCCAGGUGAACAAAAGUUUGCUUUUCUUCACCAUUCUGUGCAGGACAAGCAUUAUUCAGUUCACACAGUCAGCUCUCACUACACUUCAACAGAACGGGGCAAGUUCGUAUUUGAAUUCUGUUUUAUUUAUCUAAGGGAAGCAAAAUUAACCACUUAAUAAUAGAUUAUCUUUAAUGGUUAUUAAAAGAAUGUUAUUGACCAAAAAGACAUAUUUUGAGAUUAAUAAAGAUGUAUUAGAUUAUCCAAAAGUGGAUGCGUGCAAA